CAAAGAGUUCAGCUGCGGCUACUGAAGAGAAAGGAUAGAAAGACUGAAAUCCAGAAAGAGAGAGAGAAAUAAAGGAGGAGAUGAGGGUGAAUGAAAAGUGCUUUGACUGCUUGAAGUGCCAGUGAGACACACCAGGACCUGAGGAGGAACGUGUUCCAUGGACGGCAGCCGUCGGCUGAGGAGGCAGACAAGAAGGAGCGAAGAAGGGGAUGAGGAGAGCUCUCUCUCUUUCUCUCUCUGGAAAGAAGGGAGACUGGCCUUCACGACAACUGAUCCCUUCUCCACCUCCGUCUGCCGAACUGUAUCACAGGGAAUGAAAGAGAAAGCCCCUCAGACACUCUCACACCCACACUAGUACACUAAGAAUCCUUCCCCCCAUCCACACACACAGUUUUGACUGAGCCGUCAUGGGGACAGUGAGCGAACUUUGCGCAUCCAGUUUCCAAGCGUUCCUGCAUCCUGCGGUGAAGGAUCCGCCUCCUCCAGUGCCAGAUGACCUCACCCCUGAGGAGCAGCAUGAGCUGGAAAACAUCCGCCGACGCAAGCAAGAGCUGCUGGAAGACAUUCAGCGUCUGAAGAAUGAGAUAGCAGAAGUGACCAGUGAGAUCGAGAACCUGGGUUCCACAGAGGAGAGGAAAAACAUGCAGAGGAACAAACAAGUGGCCAUGGGCCGAAAGAAAUUCAACAUGGACCCUAAAAAGGGGAUUAAGUUCCUGAUUGAGAACGACCUGCUUAAGCACACCAGCUCUGACAUCGCCCAGUUCCUGUACAAGGGGGAGGGGCUAAACAAGACCGCCAUCGGAGACUACCUUGGGGAGAGAGAUGAGUUUAACCUCCAGGUCCUCCAUGACUUUGUGGAGCUCCAUGAAUUCACCGACUUGAACCUGGUCCAGGCCCUGAGACAGUUCCUGUGGAGCUUCCGGCUGCCUGGCGAGGCCCAGAAGAUCGACCGCAUGAUGGAGGCUUUCGCCCAGAGAUACUGCCAGUGUAACCCUGGCGUCUUCCAGUCCACAGACACCUGUUACAUCCUGUCGUUUGCCAUCAUCAUGCUGAACACCAGCCUCCACAACCCCAACGUGAAGGACAAGCCGGCCGUGGAGCGUUUCAUCUCCAUGAACAGAGGAAUCAACGAUGGAGGAGACCUUCCAGAGGACCUGCUCAGGAACCUGUAUGACAGCAUCAAGAACGAGCCCUUCAAAAUCCCUGAGGACGACGGGAACGAUCUCACACACACCUUCUUUAACCCAGACCGGGAGGGCUGGCUGCUUAAACUGGGGGGACGCGUCAAGACCUGGAAGAGAAGAUGGUUCAUUCUCACGGACAACUGUCUGUAUUACUUUGAGUACACCACUGACAAAGAGCCCAGAGGGAUCAUUCCACUGGAGAAUCUCAGCAUCCGAGAGGUUGAGGACAAGAAGCCUAACUGCUUUGAACUCUUCAUCCCAGAGAACAAGGACCAGGUGAUCAAGGCCUGUAAGACGGAGGCGGACGGCAGAGUGGUGGAGGGGAACCACACCUUCUACAGGAUCUCUGCUCCCACCACGGAGGAGAAGGAUGAGUGGAUGAACAGCAUCAAAGCUGCCAUCAGCAGGGAUCCCUUCUAUGAGAUGCUGGCCACCCGCAAGAAGAAGGUCUCCUCCAUGAAGAGACACUAGAGCUGCUCAGGACUCCUCCUCUUCCCCCCGUUGAGAGAGUUUGGACCCAUCCUGCUGAGACCCUGAGACUUGUGUUUUCAGGCCUGGGGAUGGGGUUGGGGCAGGGGCUGCAGACUGGGGGUUGGGGCCUCUUGCCUCGGUCAGCAUUUCUCUGGGAUAGGCUCUAGCUUUGGAUUCCACAGACCGACCAACAGGACAGGGUGCAUGCUGUCCUGCCUCCCCCUCCUCCUCUUCCCCCUGCUCCUGUCUCUGUGGCUGAAUGCUCUCCGUCUCUCUCUAAACUCUUUGCUGUGUGUAUUUUGGGAGGAAGGGGUCUAUCGCUUUCUGGGUAAAAUGGAUCCCCUCCCUCAAAAAGACAUGUGCACACACACACAUACUCUCACACACACUAAUGUCGUACACUGAAGUCAUACACACACACACACACACAAAACACAAACACACACACACACUAAACUCAGCAGGUCUGAUGGAGUUGUUGUGGCAUCCCAACCAAAAUAUUCUUACUAGCUUUCAAAAGGAAAGGUGAGAUGCUUUUCUGUAUACGUUAAUAUGAUGGGCAACGUGUGUUUGUAGAGCUUACUACUGUAUAUAUUUCCCUCAGAAUCUUGAGCUUUUGGGUUUCAGUUUUAGUUUUUGAUAACGUUUUUAGAAAGACUGAGGGGGAAUGGGUUAUAUUGCCAACCGACGAUUUUUUUGAAACGAGAAUAAACUUUUUUGAAGUCUUUCUGUCAAAGUUGCUCUCAGGAGAUUGUUACUUGGCUCUGGAUCGGUCUGUAUCAGGAUAAACUUAGACUCUGUCCAAACUGUCACUCAGUAACUGAAGGAAGAGUUCAUUUACAAUGAGUUUUUUAAAUUACCAUAAUUAAAUGAACAUGUUUGCCAUUACAUUUGCCUGUUUAUAUGCACAUAAUCUGUGACAAUAAUUGAACUUUGACAGCUAUAUUCCUCCUUAGCUGUUUGCCCCUGACUCUUUGUUGUUCAUAUGUAUUCCCAGUUGUUUGACAGCAGUUUAGACGUGCUAACUGAAAACACACUCCGAAACACGGCUGUUAACACAGUGUCGUGUUCAUUAGGCACCGAAACGGAAGAACGGGGACUGAAAAAGGUGGGGACUAACUUGACUUGUCCAAUAAGAUGUGUUCAUUUUCGUUUUCUGUUGUGUGCACUAAUGUACACUUCCCUGAUGAGUGGUUUGCACAUGGUCUUAGUGUGGGAUUAUGGGCGAGGGCUCAGCUAUCGCACUUCAUUUCCUGUUGGACUUGGAGGUCCAUUCAGGGGACUAGAGAGUCUGUCAGCGGGAGUGUCUGUGUAUCUGUCAGUCAGUACGGGCCACAACUCAGGGGCUCACAGAGAUUUGAGGUGUCUGGAAAUUGAGGUAUUGUCCUCAUCUGCCCUGUCCCUCUAUUCUGUCCUCUUUUCUCUUCACUUCUCUCUUUCCUUGUCUUUCACGCAUCUCUCUUUUUCCUCUCAUAUUUCUCUUUCUCUCGCUCACUUUCUGUAAAUGUAACAUACACACAAGAUAAUUGAACAAUAAUCACAUUUGAUGGUGUACAACUGACUAGGUAUCCCCCUUUCCCAGUAUCCUAUUUCCUAUUCAUUGUCUACCUGACACUCCCAAUGAAAUGUGUCCUAUCAUGCUGCUGGUUACACAAAGAUGCUCUUUCUAAGUGGAGCUGGUUAUUUUUACCUCUUAAAUGCAACAAAGAUGCCCUCACCUAUCUUUUUAUCCCAUAGGAGCACUCUUAAAUGUCCUUCCUCAUUUGUAGACACAGUAUAAAAUGCUAGAACAAUCCAGGUUUCACCUUCUUCAACCCACACUCACCAUCCUAAAGCAUUGGAAUGGCUCUCUCACUUAUUUCAGAUAGCUGUUGCAUCCUUUACUGUACUAGGAAUACAGUAAUAAUACCUGUAAGACAAACAACGCCUAGGAAUACAGUAAUAAUACCCAUAAGACAAACCAAGCCUGGGCAGUGGACUGUCCGUUCCUAGAGUUGGAACACCCUGGAAUGUUUGGAUUGGAUUUGAGACAAAACACAGCUGUUGAUCAGGAAUGUACCACUAUGCUCCAUAGUGCUGAACUACUCUGAUCAGGAAUGUACCACUAUGCUCCAUAGUGCUGAACUACUCUGAUCAGGAAUGUACCACUAUGCUUCAUAGUGCUGAACUACUCUGAUCAGGAAUGUACCACUAUGCUCCAUGGUGCUGAACUACUCUGAUCAGGAAUGUACCACUAUGCUCCAUAGUGGUGAACUACUCUGAUCAGGAAUGUACCACUAUGCUCCAUAGUGGUGAACUACUCUGAUCAGGAAUGUACCACUAUGCUCGAUAGUGCUGAACUACUCUGAUCAGGAAUGUACCACUAUGCUCCAUAGUGGUGAACUACUCUGAUCAGGAAUGUACCACUAUGCUCCAUAGUGGUGAACUACUCUGAUCAGGAAUGUACCACUAUGC